AUGAGAAAAACUAGCUGGAUUAAAAAGAACUGGCUGCUUGUGGCAGGACUUUCAUUUCUGGGUGUCCAUCUUGGUACAUAUUUUAUACAAAGAGCUGCAAAGAACUCUGCUAAAUCAGCCUUGGAAAUUAAGCAAAAGGAUUUUGGAGAAUGAAGUAAUUUUCUGCAAUCAUCACAUUAAUUUAUCACUUAUAGUUGUAUAAUUUGUUAAAUAUUAAACUAUGAACAGCUACAUGGACAUAGUUGUCAUUCUGUAUGCAAGGUUUCUCUCUUAUGUGCUUGGUACAAAGAGUAAAAAAAUACUUCUGUAGAUUAAAAGAUCUAUAAUUUAUGGAUUCAAGGAAAAUGCAAUAAACUUGAAAUGUUGUUGGUCAGAA